AUCUUAAAACGAAUGAUAAACAAAGCGCCGAAGUACGCAUUAAUAAAUCAUUAUUACUGUUGCUCGUUAAAUAUAAAAUCACAUUAUCCUUUGUCCAGUAAUUUCAGUAAUACACCAUUAUUCACUUGUCACCGUGGUUUAGAUUUUCAAUUGUCUGUAUAUAAAUAUGAUGCGUUAUGAGGAAGGUGGUACUCUUGCAGAUCAUAGACCUUGUUCGGGCGUAAGAGCUGAUCUCAAAAUGUGUUUGUUGGAAUCCAAUUGUUGUAAAAUUGAAAAGAAGACGCCAAAAGAAUGCUUGAGAGAGAGAAAUUGUCCUCCAGAAUGUUUGGCGCUUCAAAAUACAUUUUUUGAAUGCAAAAGAUCACUUCUGGACAACAGACAGAGAUUCCGAGGAAGAAAAGGCUAUUAAAUUAAUUAUCUAUAAUUUUAAAGUUCAUAUAUUUUUUGAUAUGACUAUUCUUUUGUCUCUUCAUAGAAAAUUAGAUAUUUCUUAUGUAAAUAGUUGUUUGUUUUUUGUUUGUUAAAAACACAAAUAAAGUCAUUUUAAAAUAA